AUGGCGGAAUCGAGCCCUGACGAAGUGGGCGGCGGUGUUUUUUUGAGUGAUGGAAUCAUGGGUUUGAUUCAACCAGCAGUUGAACAAGAGCAACAAGCGCCAUACGAUCUUGAUUCAUACGUCAGAAAGUUGGAUGAUUCGAAAAGAAGAAUAGCGGCAAUUGGUAAUUCGCUUCAAAAUGUGCACGAUCGCCUA